AUGUCGUCCGUCUCUCCCCCUACGCCUGCGCCGACUGCGACUACGACUGCGACUGCGACCGCCACCGCCACCGCGCCCACGAGCAGCCAAAACUCUCGCCGAGUACCGCUCGAUAAGCGGAAGCGGACCGAGACGAGUUGCGACAAGUGCAAGUCGCGCAAGCAAAAGUGCAGAAAGGAGCCGGGCCAAGACAGCUGUCGCUACUGCAGCGAGAACAAGAUAGAAUGCAUGAUAACGAAGCCGCGCAAGAAGCGCCUGUACGGCAGUGUCGAAGGCCUAGGGAACCGACUGGCGCUGCUCGAGUCGCUGGUCAAGGGCCUGCUCCCCGAGGCCGACGUUUCCAACAUGGACGAGAUGCGCGAGCUGGGCAACUCGCUCGGGAUUCAGCUGCCAGACUCGAUGGACAAUGACGCCAAUGGCGAGCAGAAGAGCAGCAGUGACAGAGAGGGAGAAGAGUCCAUGUCGCUGCUGCCAGACCAGCAAGGACAGGUGCAGUACAUUGGCCCUGCGAGCUCCUUUUCUUUCCACCUGAAGCUGCGCACCUUGGUCGGCAAGGGCGCCCCGCGAGAGUUCGUCUUGUUUGGCAGGAACGCCGCCGACCAGGAGCCGCUCGAGGGCGACAGCGACCCACACUCUCUCUCGACGCCCAGCGCGAGCGCGACAUCGAAUAUAGACCACACCUCGCCCACUGACCGCCGCACCUCGACGAGCACAACCGAAGCCCCGAGCCUCGAGUCGCUAAUAGGCGCCUUCUUCGACUACAUCAACCCGGACUUCCCCGUCCUGCAUGAAGCUUCGUUUCGCGAAGCCUACGAGGCAUGGGUGGCGAAUCCAGGGCAGGCGGACCCAGCUUGGCUGUGUGGAUUCCUCUGCGUGUUGCUGCUGGCGCGGCGUGUGGCGCGCGUGUCCUUUCCAGAAGACCAGGAGCGUAUGUGGUGGCGGCGGGUGCAGACACUCCUUCCUGUCGUCAUCUUCACCUCGAGUGUCAUGGCUGUGCAGGCCAUGAUGCUUGCUGCUAUGCAUCUCCACAAUACGAACCACCGCGACGCCUGCUGGAACCUGACAGGCACUGCCAUUCGCAUAGCGUUUGCCAUAGGCCUGCACCAGGACAAAGUGAGCACUCUGCAGACACCUCUCGCGCGAGAGCUACGGAAGCGACUCUGGUGGACCCUGUACGCGUUUGAGCAGAUGCAGGUCUCGUCGUACGACCGCCCGAGUGCAAUCGAGCAUCCUGCGUCCAAAAUCAGCUGUCCGAAUGAGCGAAUUAUUGGCAUGGCAAGCUAUUCCCCGGAGGACUACUGCAAGUGGUUCAAUCGAAUGGUGGUGCAUCUAGGCUCGGCCUGUCGCGCGCCCAAGACGAUGAAAUCGAAUGCCAGCGAGGAGUCAUACGUGGGGGCACUAUCGCCCGCAGCAGGUGUGCUGCGCGACUUGGAACGGUGGAAGGACUCGAUACCUCAGCAUUUGCAAAUGGACGCUCUGAAAACUUCUCCACUGGCAUUCCAGCGGCCACUGUUACUGCUACAUGCCAUGUAUCACUACACUGUCACUGUGCUUUGCCGUGCAGCCCUUCUUGCACGCGCUACCAUACUAUCCAAAGAAGGCAAGGACUCUGUGAACCCAGCACUCAUAGCCAUGGCACAGUCCUGCUCCGACUCGGGCAGGGAUCUGGGUCGGAUCAUGCUCAAGCUUGAGGCUAUAGGAAAGUUCGACGCCAUCACCUGGUGGGACAUCUGGUACACACUGGCGUCAAGCUCUGUGCUCGUCCUCGACUUCGUCUGUCUAGACAAGUUGGCCAACACAGACAGGACAACCCCGCGAAUACUGCUUGCCGAGCUUGCCGAACUCGCGCAGCGUCACAGAAAGAACCCGCAUAUGCCCGGCACGAUUGAGAAGUUUGCUUCCAUUAUCCCUGAAUUAUAUUCUAUGGCCGGCUCAAUGAACAACGCGUCGUUCCGUGCCAUUACUCCAAAAGUAGAAAUCGACGACACGCCAGGCCCCUCCCGACCACCACAGCAAUCAACACAGGAAGAUUUGGCACUUUAUCCUUACCACCACUCUUCAUCCAACAGCGGCGCAUACAUGUUCGCCAACAACGCACCCGGCCGCUUCUACCCAGAGCAGGAGUACAUAGGAACUACGUAUCCAAACGCACGGCUGGAGCGGACGACGCAAAUGCAAUUUAUGGACUUUACGAUCAACAACAUUCAUGACUGGAACUGGGGCGAUCUUGGGAGUUUACUGGGGAAUGAGGGCGCGCAGAAUUUACCUGCAGCGACUCCUGGUCCACAUUUGCCGGGCCCGACUUAA